UCGUGCACGCGGACCGCGCGCAGAUCUGAAUGAGCAGCUGCGUGUGCGCGUUUGACAGCAAACGACCGGGGCCCGAGAGCGGUGCGCGUCCGGGGACGGGAGCCAUCUAACCGCGUCUGACCAACGCGGUCCGGUCAUCUUGCAAAAUGGAGGGAGGACAUUUCGGCUACUCCCGGGACUACCUGGACCGCUUCAUCCAGAGCCAGGACUCCGAGGUGGUCAACAAGUUCCAGCGGAGAUAUUGGAAAACCAAACAGACGCUUAUCAAAGUCACCGGGAAGAAGGAGGACGAGCACGUGGUGGCGUCGGACGCCGAGCUGGACGGCAAGCUGGAGGUCUUUCACUCCGUCCAGAGGACCUGCAUGGAGCUCCUAAAGGUCAUCGAGCAGUACCAGAGGAGGAUCUGCUUGCUUUCCCAGGAGGAGAACGAGCUGGGCCGCUUCCUGCGCUCCCAGGGCUCUCAGGACAAAACCAGGGCCGGGAAGAUCAUGCAGGCCACGGGGAAGGCGCUCUGCUUCUCCUCCCAGCAGAGGCUGGCUCUGAGGAGCCCCCUGGGCCGUCUCCACCAGGAGGUGGAGACGUUCCGGUACCGGGCCAUCUCCGACACGUGGCUGACGGUGAACCGCAUGGAGCAGUCCAGGACCGAGUACCGCGGCGCCCUGCUGUGGAUGAAGGACGUGUCCCAGGAGCUGGACCCGGACACGCAGAAGCAGAUGGAGAAAUUCCGAAAGGUUCAGGCCCAGGUGCGCGCCACCAAAACCAGCUUCGACAAGCUGAAGACCGACGUGUGCCAGAAGGUGGACCUGCUGGGGGCCAGUCGCUGCAACCUGCUCUCUCACGUCCUGACCACCUACCAGACAACCCUGUUGCACUUCUGGGAGAAGACGUCCCACACUAUGGCCGCCAUUCACGAGAGCUUCAAGGGCUGUCAGCAUCACGAGGCCUCCUCGCUAAAGACCCUACAAACCGUGCCGCCGAAAAGGAAGAAGAAGAAGGCGAAAGCCGAGACGGAGGAGGCGAAGAGCGCCGAGAGCCCCGACGAGCAACUCGUAUCGCUGGGAGGGGAAGACGUCAUGGACAAAAGCAGAGAAGACGACGAAGUAAAGGACAGCGCGGCGUUUCUCAACGAGAUCCUGGGCGUUUUGUCUGUGGACGAGGGCGACCUCUCUCGGGAGUGGACCGAAGUGUUUGGAGAGGUCGAGGAGGGACCGGGCCCGGCCCCCUCUGGAUCGGCGGAGGGCCAGCCGAGGGAGAACUCCUACUUUCUGCCGUCACAGCUGUUGGACCAGAGUUUGAACAAGCCUUUCGUCUCAGAUUGGGCCGGGGCCGCCUCGCAGCUCGUCGCCCCGGCAACGGCGCACACCCCGGGAGCCAAUCAGAACGCUUCAAAGCAGGCGGUGAAAGAGACUGGGGGGAAGUCCAAAGACCUCUCGGCCUGGUUCAGCCUCUUCGCCGACCUGGACCCCCUCUCCAACCCGGACGCCGUCGGGAAACCGGACGCCGAGCACCACCUCCACUCGGCGUAGCUCCUUCCUCCUCGGCGUGGGGCAGCGUAACUCUGCCACCGGGGGGGAGAGGAUCUGCCUCGUCUGUGAGCGGAAGCGGCAAAAAAUAAAUAAAAAAAGCAGAUCUGAUUGGGGAAAUACAGACGACGAGCACAACCCGACGGCAGAUUUCGUCCCACGGUGGCAGGAUUACGCUGCAAAUGUCCCACAGGGAGGAGGAAUCUGGAGAGGGAACAUUUUAUCAAGCAUGGAUACCUCAGUUUGAGUUCGGAAUAACGCGCCUUUCGACAUCGACUGCCUCGGAAACCAGUAGACUCUGUAGCAUCUGCGCAUUAUUAGGAGAGAUUACAGAGUGGGCAGUUAACAGUGGGAAGAGCACACUAACCAGCUGGUGUGUUGGGCUUUAGCAGGACUUCCACUGCAGGCAGGGGGUGCUGCAGCAGGUUUGCUCGUCAUCCGUCAGCUCCAAAGUUAAAUCACUGACUUCCUGCCGUAUUUAAAAGGGUGAACUUCGCAUUUCCAUUUCCUUGGUUGGGCAGUGGAGGCUUUCCUUUAUCCAGUCUGUGUUUGGGAUCCUCUUUUGGAACACGCGUCACUCUUUCUGCAUGUUGCAUGUUUUGUUUUUACGUUAUCCAGUAAAAGUGGGUCAACGUGUUGAAGUGAGGAUUUUAAAUAUGAUUUUUCUUGUUUUUAGCUCCUGUGAGCAUUGUAUGCCGUUUUACAGCAGGGUUUUUCAAUAGAAGAGAAAUUUGAUGUGAAAGAAAAUGUCAUCUUGUAACCAUUCUGUUAAAAUGCUGCAAAAUUGAAAAUAUACUGGAAAAAGGCCUUAACCUAGUCACAGAAGAUUAAUAUUGGAUACCUUAAAAAGGGAACAACUGAGUCCAAGUGCUUUUCGUAUUUUAAGCCAUGUGACAGUUUGUCAAUAAUCAGUAAAAACCAAAUGCAGUGAUUGCCUUACCUUUAGCUCCGCCUGUACGAAGCCAUUGUUUGUCUAUGUUUGUGUCUUUUCCCUUUAAGAAACAGAUUACAUAUCAAUCCAGA